UACCUACCUACUCUGUGGACUUCUGAUUGGAGCCAGGAAGAGGCGAAGCGAUAUCAGUCUCACUACAUCCUUUUUGCGAUAAAAUACGCAUUUUACUACGAUCUACUUAACUACUCUCUUCUUCACAAAUUAGUGUAAAAACAUUGUUGGAUUUAACAAAACUUUUAUUUGUGUUUCACAAACAUUUGUUUGUGUUAACGUGCUAGCGUGUGUUAGUUUAUUAUGUGAUAUCAUUAUCUCCAAAAGGUGUGUAAGUACGUCUCGCGAUGAGUCCGAGCGCACGUGGUGUGCGCCGCAUGCUAGGCAGCACGCGCGGUCGCGCGGCUGUCGCGCUGUUGUCGCUGGUCGCGCUGCUGUCGCUGCGACUGUCGCGAGAGGCGCACACGCAGGCCGACUUCCCGCGCUACUCACCCGCUGCCAUCGCGCACUUCCUCGCCGACUUCUCUAAUCACCCCGGACUCUAUACACACAUCACUGGAUCGUGGAAGAUAGAGGAAGAGUUUAAUGAUCACACGUGUUGGCGCUACACCGUGUCGUACGAGUGCGGAGCGCACUGCGUCGGUCGCGCGCUCGUCGCGGCGUGCGACUCGGCCGCACAGCACACUCACGGCGCCUCCGACCGACAUCGUGUACAACUCACCGACUGGCACUGCUGGCACCUGCCAAUGCUGCCCUGGCCGCGGCUGUGUGAAAGUAUGGAGACUGACAGCGUAAUAACUGCGCGGGCGGGCGGCGGCGCACGGCUCGAAGAGCAGGCUUACAUGCAGUGUGGACUGUUCGCGAUGGUUGCGGGCCGAUGCGACGUGCGCGCCGCGAGACUGUUGCAUCACCGCGCGCUGCAGGAGGCGCUCCGAUGACCGCUGACAUGCUAAUGCACAUUGCUACAUGUUACU